AUGGCGUCCUCGCAAAACACAACAAGUGACACGAAUCAUGGCACCAACCACAGCGUCACCGACGAGCCGUCGACCGCCAGCCUGCAACGAGAGAACCCAGAAGCCAGCGACAAUGAUUUGAUCAAUCUUCGGCUUGCAGCAUUUCUGAACGAAUCCAUGGAACACGGAAACCGUAACGUCAUGUUACCGGAUCAGACUGCGGAUCCAUCAGUCACGAUCAAGAAGGCCGAGGCUUCCAUGGCCAAGAAGCUUCAAGCUAUACUCGGCUGCUGCAACAUUCAAUGA